AUGCUCGUCGACAGCAGGCCAACGCGGGCCUUGACCAGCAUGCUCCUCCUGGUUACUUGCUUAUUCGCCCUUUUGUCAUCCGUCGCCGCCGCCGACGACUCCAAAGUCAUCAAAGGCUACGACUUCAAUGGCGACAUUCAGAAACUAGACAUUGCCCCCCGACCCUCUCUCUACUCGGGUGGCUUCGCAGACUGCCUCCGCGGCGGCAGCUUAUUCAACUUUUCCACCUUUGACGUCGCCUAUUAUUCCGACACGGACGAGCAUACAAUUUUCUUCUAUCUCAAUGGAGCUAGCAACAUUCGAAAGGAGUCGCUCGCCCUCCAUCUCUCCAUACAAGCCUACGGCGAGACGCGCUUCAACAUGACCUACGAUCCUUGCAAAGCCCACAUGGACACUCUAUGUCCCCUCACCUCAGACAAUCGCAUUGCCGCAUUUGCUGUUGUCCCAUUAUCCGCCGAUGAUGUAGCUGGCAUGCCCCAGGUCUCCAUGGGCAUCCCCGACUUUGAAGGCUUUGCCCGCAUUCAAAUCUUUGCCAAUUCUACACAGACCGAGAUUGGCUGCUUCCAGGCCGUCAUGUCCAACGGAAAGACGCUGUCACAGCCUGAUGCUAUUGGAACUACCGUUGGAAUCUUCGUCAUUACCGCUAUUCUCGCCUCCUUUAUCACCGCCGUCUAUGGCGUUAGUGUCCCGCAUAUGCGCAUGCAUUAUGCUCACUCCUUCUCCGUCCUCGUCGUCUUUGAGACUUUUCAAUACAUCUUCUUUUCUGGUGCACUCUCUGUCAACUGGCCUAGUGUGUUGCCAGCAUGGUGGAGCAACUUUGCCUGGCCUUCCGGCAUGUUUGCUACGCACAGCCUCGUCAGCUCCAUCAGCUCCUUUACUGGCAAUGUUGUAAGCGUGAGCCAGGUCGGAGGUGCCGGAUCUGUGCCUAUCAACAAUAACGGUGGCUUAACGCAACAAAUCUAUGGACGCGCAAGUGAUACUAGCGGGGAGCAGCCCUCGUCAGCCACCGACCUCGACGACUACGCCUGGGGCGGCGAGCCCAAUACUCCGGGCAUGCCCAUGCCAGGUACCUGGCCAGGUCUUCCCGGAACACUUUCCGAAGUCAAUAUUCCGCCAGCUGAGGCCUUUACAUUGGCCCUGAUAUGGUUCAUGGUCAUGAUCGGCCUCGUUGUGGUGCUGAUUGUUCUUUUCAAACUUACACUGGAUUUAAUGAUCAGACUCAAACUACUCAAGACGGAUGGCUUCAAUUAUUUCCGUAGUCACCUGGGUGGCUACCUGGCCUCUGCCCUGCUGCGUACCUGCUUCAUUGGCUUUUUUGUCAUGACCACGCUCGCAAUGUACCAAUUUUCUCUCCGCGGCCCCGACGGGCCGACUGCCAUCGCUGCCAUUGUCUUUCUACUCUUCCUCGUCGGUAUCGGAGGCUUGGCCGCGUACGCCUGUUACUUUCGUCUUCGACACGGCAAGUACUCUACCGCACCCGACGCCAUCCGGUUCGAAAGCGCCACGGUCUUUAAAAAGGUCCCGUUUGUGUCUGCCAUCCGAAAUAGCGAACGCGGUGAGCACGAGACGGCUGAGCAACGCCGUUUAUACGCUUCGGUGCCCAUAACGAGAAUCAUCUACACCGAUGACGACCCGAACCGCCUGACUGUUCACCAAGACGCCGGUUUUAUCAAGCGAUUCGGCUGGCUGUCUGCUCGAUAUCGCCGUACUCGCUGGUGGUACUUUGCCUUUUAUUUGGGAUACCAGUUUAUUCGUGCAUGUUUCAUCGGCGGUGGUGUUCGCACGCCUUUGGCUCAAGUCUUUGGGCUAUUCUUGUUUGAGAUUAUCGCAUUCUUCGUCACAAUCAAACUAACAGCUUUUGAAUCCUCUCGUAACACAGUGGUCGCCAUCUGGAUGCUGUCCGUGGCAAAAGUCAUCACCACUGGCCUAUCCAUUGCAUUCAUAGCCGAUUACAACGUGAGCCGCAUCGGCGCAACCGCAAUUGGCCUCAUAAUUGUUGUGGUGCAAGCAUUCCUUGCAGUCGUCGUGUUGAUACUGGCGGCAGUUGGCAUCAUCUCAUCAUGGAUGUCGCUGUCGCGUAACAAGGAGGAAUUUACCGAGCCGUUUGUUGAUAUGCGCGUCAAUUAUUUCGAGCACAUGCAAAAGCGCACCGACGAUCUCCCUGCCCCGUCCAAGCCGGAAGAGACGGAGCCUGUACCGGUCGAAGCAGGCUUCAACGUGCGCAAUGUCCGACGAGCUCCCAAAAUUGAGGAUGAGGAUGAGCUGGGAGACAUGUCGCUACCACAGCCCGGGUUUCAGGCGCAGGCUGGCGGUAGUGGCCAGCGCAGCCGCGCAAACAGCGGUAGCUCGCGUUAUUCUGUCAGCGGUAUUCCCCGCGCCGCUCGUGUUCAUCGAGCUUCGUGGAGUUCUAAGGAGUUUGCCCAGAUGCAGGCUGAAAUGAUAAGUCGGCCGGAAAACCAGCGAGGCAACCGUUCUAGGAGCAACUCGCAGCGCUUGUCGUCGUCAAACAUUGCUGCCGUCUUAGCCACCGACUCUCCAGGCACCAGUACGCCAGUUCGAAGACCGAUGACUCCCACGCGUGAGUCGACGGAAGAUGCGAGAGAAAACGUGGAGACUACCACGUCUGAGACGACACCCACAAAGCAGGGUGAUGUAAAAUCUGACGAAAAGACGGAAGAGCCCCUGCUGGCGGACAAAAAGGAGGAGGAGACUGCUUCCUCCCACCAGACAGAGCAAGUGACUGUUGGAAAUGAAAAGACAGACGAGGCCAUUGUCGAGAAUGAGCCUGCAGUCACGUCCGAAAAGACAGCCGACAAGACGACGACGACUGUAUGA